AUGGUGACUGUUCGCGUGCCCUUCUGUCAGAACCUCCAACGCUAUGAGAACGGGGAGGUCUCGCGUGUGUACGUUACGAUUCGCCACGCCGGCUGCAGUACCAAGUCGGCGGUGUCCUACUACGAGAGUGAAAAGGUAUGGUGGAACGUCGAGCUACGGACGGCCAAAGGCGUCAAUGCCACGCACGAAUCGACGGUCGAGCUCCAAGUCUUUGAAAAAGACGCGGAAGACGUCUUCAUUGGCAGCUGCACGAUUCCGGUGCCGCAAAACGGCAUGCACUGGGAGCAAGUCGAGCCAAUCUUUCGUUCCGACAUUCGAACUGGCGACCUUUUCGUCUACAUCGACGAUAGCAGCUCUGCCAAUGCGUCAGUCCCAGUACAGCAAAUGUGUGCGCUGUCCGUGGCGACAUCCGUGCAGACCACUGCGUCGACAACCGAGCGGUCGGCGGAGCCGUCGCCGCAGAGCCCAGAGCCGGAGGCAGCACUCGACGCAACACCAUCCUUGGACAUUCCCGACUCGAUCACACGCUACGAUGCGUCGAUGCUCGAUCUGACUGCCGAACCGAUUGGGAAAGGCGCGUUUGGCCAUGUAUGCAUCUCCAAGCUCGGCAACGCUACAGUGGCCGUCAAGACGUUCCACAAGAAGGGCAACUACCAGGAGGCGUUCAAGAAGGAGGUUAACAUUAUGCACCGCCUCAACUCGCCCUUCAUGCCCAAGCUCAUUGGCAUCUCCAACGACAAAGAUGACCAGCCGUGCAUCAUUAUGGAGCUCAUGGACGGCGGCAAUCUCGAAGCGCAUCUCCAGCGCCUCAGCGAAGAGCGCCCGACGCCUCGCAACGUCGAGCGUUUGGUCCGCAUCGCGCUACAGGUCGCCAAGUGUCUCGUGUACCUUCAUGGAAAAGGUAUCAUCGACCGCGAUGUCAAGCCCGCCAACAUCUUCCUCGACGAGUACACAAUCAUUGCCAAGCUCGGCGACAUGGGUAUCUCGCGAGAGCAAGACCUCGACAAGACGAUGACCAAUGGCAUCGGGACGCCGACCUGGGUUGCGCCAGAAGUCAUGCUUGGCCUCCGCUACACGGUCGCCGCCGACAUCUUUGCGCUGGGCAUCAUCUUGACGCAGAUCAGCUCGCGCAAAGUGCGGCCGUACGCCGGUCACACAUUCAGCGGGUAUGAGCUUCACCACCAGAUUGCUCGCCAUGGCUACCGCCCCUCGAUGGGCCCGGAUUGUCCCACGUGGCUUGUCGAACUCGCGACGGCUUGCAUGAGCGCCGACCCGAGCCAGCGUCCUACUGCGGCCGAGGUCGUGCAACAACUCGAGGCGCACUUGGCUCUGCCGCAGCUUCCCGACUCGGACCUUCUCGAUCGUAUCCUCGUCACGUCGAGCCAGACGAGCCGCGUCUUCCAGUCGUCGGUCAAUUCAAAGGCGCUGUCCAGCGCAUGGCAAAGCUGCAGUCGGCACACACGGUCCCGCUACUCGGCGUGA